CCCAUUAUAAUUUGGAGGCAAGCCCAAGUUGAGCUGCCCAUAACACUAAAUUAGGGCAACACGAUUAACAGUACGACGGAAGCCAUAGCAUUUGCCGCUACCACAGAGUAAGAGAUGGCGAAGUCGAAGAAUCACACAGCGCACAAUCAGUCCCGCAAAGCCCAUAGGAACGGCAUCAAGAAGCCAAGGAAGCAUCGUCACACUUCCACCAAAGGAAUGGAUCCGAAGUUCCUUAGAAACCAGAGGUACGCGAAGAAACACAACAAUAAGAGCGGUGAAACCGGCAGUGAGGAAGAGUAAAGUAGAACGCCAUGAAGCCGGCAAGUUUAGGGUUUUUAUGAUAUAAGUUUGCUUCUAUUGAAUCUUUUGUUUUUGCUCUUCUUUUGUUCACUAGUCUUGUAAUUCUGACCUGGUUGCAGCGAAUUCCAUUUCAAUGUGGAAAGCGCUGCUUCUGAUGCCUGAUUGCGACAAUUCAUUAUCAGAUUUGCAUUUCUAAGGCUGCAUCUUCAUACAUAA